UAGCGGUCGGUGUGAGGGGCUGUUGCUUCUCAGAACAUCACUGCCUGUCCGCAUGGAGGCUAGGCUGUUCCUUGGGGCGCUGCUGUGCGCCGGGCUGCCGCCGGCUUGGUCUCCGCGCGGUGCUAGUGCGAAGACUCCCGUUGGUGACGACUUCCCCAUCCACAGCCCAAGCAACGCCGCGGGACCUUGGAGAGAGGACAGCCUCGGUGCGGCCAUGCAGGAGUCUGGAAUGACAGUUCAUAAUGCUUCAGCUGCUACAGUAUCGUUGCCUCAGAACAGAAGACUUCACAGUAUGAAAUGUGGAUCAUCCAGUUCAUUUGCGUGUUUUAAUGGAGGUGAAUGUGUCUACAGGGAACUCUGCAACUGCAGUCGAUUUAAUGCAUCUGGACCAAGAUGUCAGACAGUGUACAACACAGGUGCUGAAAGAGAUCAUAUAUGCAGAACGUGGGGUCAAUAUCACUUUGAAACUUUCGAUGGACUCUAUUACUAUUUUUCUGGGAAAUCCACAUAUGCACUUGUGAGACAAACUGAAUUAGAUGAGCAGAGUUUUUCUAUACAGGUGAAUAAUGAUCCUGAAUGCCUUUCUUCUCCAUACUCUUGCAAACGGUCUGUUAGUUUAUUCUUUUCCGGAGAUGAACAAAUAAAAAUGAGCAGUGAAGUCACCUAUAAAGGAUUUGGACUUCAGUUGCCUUCUGUUAUUGGAAACUUACACAUCCAGAAACUAGCUGGAUACUUUCUAGUCAGGCACCAGCAUGCCUUUACUCUGGCUUGGGAUGGUAUAUCUGCAGUGUAUAUCAAAAUGGCACCAGAGUACCUGGGCAAAACACAUGGACUGUGUGGGAACAAUAAUGCUGUCCUGCAGGAUGAUCUUGAAACUAGUUAUGGAAAACUGACAGAUGAUAUAACAGAGUUUGUGGAGAGUUGGCAGGAAAAUCCUCCGCAAGGACAACCCACGUGGGAUAACUCUUUUCUCAAUGAGCCACCUUGCCUGACUCAAAGCCAUGAAUCUUUACAGAGAGCAUAUGCUCUGUGUAAUAUUCUACUACAUCCUCCAUUUGAGCAAUGUCACGAAUAUGUGAGCCCUCUUCCUUUUAUGGCAAGCUGUACCAGUGAUCUUUGCAUGUCAGCAGUUGAUAAUGCAACUUGGUGUCGAGCAUUAACUGAAUAUGCCAGAGCAUGUGCCCAAGCAGGGAAACCUCUUCAUGGAUGGAGGAGGCACUUUCAGCCAUGUGUGAUUACCUGUCUUGAACCACUGACCUACAAUGAGUGCAUCAACUGUUGUCCUGCUUCAUGUCAUCAGCAAUCACAGUGUAUUGACAGUGAACUUCCUUGCAUUGAUGGAUGCUAUUGUCCAGAUGGCUUAAUUUAUGAAAAUGAAUUGUGUGUCAAGCCGAUGGACUGUCCUUGUGAUUACCAUGGCAGUUCUUUUGAGAUAGGUUCUGUGGUUUAUGAGGAAUGUAAUAAUUGCACUUGCAUUGGAGGAAAAUGGAUUUGUACCAACCUUACAUGUCCAGCUGAAUGUUCAGUUUCGGGAGACAUUCAUUUUAUGACAUUUGAUGGACGUGAAUACACUUUUCAAGCCACUUGCCAAUACAUUCUAGCAAAAAGUCGUACAUCUGGAGAGUUUACAGUAUCCUUGCAAAAUGCUCCCUGUGGACAGAACCAGGAUGGGUCAUGUAUCCAAUCAAUCAGCAUUAUUCUUAAGCAGGAUCCCAAGAGGCAAGUGACUCUGACUCAUUCAGGAGAUGUUUUGAUAUAUGACCAGUACAAAAUUAACCUGCCUUAUGCAGAUGAUUUAUUUGAAAUACGAAAACUCUCCUCUGUGUUUCUUCAAGUAAAGACACACAUUGGAUUACAGAUACUAUAUGACAGAGAAGGACUGAGGCUUUAUCUUCAAGCUGAUGGACGGUGGAAGGAUGAUACUGUUGGACUUUGUGGAACCUUCAAUGGAAAUAUGGAGGAUGAUUUUUUAUCUCCAGUUGGAGUAACUGAAAGCACUCCACAGCUGUUUGGAAAUGCGUGGAAAACAUUAUCAGCAUGCAUUCUUGUGCACGAUAGUUCACAAAUGGAUCCAUGUGAUAUUCAUCUGCAGUCAGCCUCCUAUGCAGCGGAAGCUUGUAGCAUCCUUACGAAAGACGUUUUUGCUCCAUGCUACCCUUAUUUGAGUCCCAUUCCCUAUUUUGAGCAGUGCAGGAAAGACACUUGCAAAUGUGGACAGAAUUGUUUUUGCUCUGCUCUGGCUCAUUAUGCUCAUCAUUGCAAAAGAUUUGGAAUAGUAAUAGAUUUCAGAAGAAGUGUUCCAGACUGCGCUCUUUCAUGUGAAGAUACAAAGGAGUACAGUACUUGUGUAUCUACCUGUGGCAGAACCUGCCAAGCACUGUCUGUGCCAGAGACAUGCAGCAGUGAUUGUGUUGAAGGCUGUGCUUGUCCCUUUGGAAUGUACUUGGACUCCAAGACUGAAAGAUGUGUAGAGAGAAAUGAAUGCCCCUGUUAUUUUCAAGGAAUCGACUAUCCACCUGGAGACAAUGUCAUCACAUCUUUGGGUAAAUGCCAUUGCAGUAAUGGAGUCAUGCAUUGUGAUAACAACAUAAUUGCACAGCACUGCCCAGUUGGGCAGAUUUAUAUUAACUGCAGUAAUCCAAAAGUUGAUGCUGAACUCAGCAGAGAGAGAACUUGUGAGAACCAACUACUAAACCUCACUUUUUCAGCACACCUUCCUUGUGUUUCAGGUUGUGUCUGCCCACCAGGUCUUGUUAAGCAUGGGGAUGUAUGCUUGGAAACAGAUGAAUGUCCAUGUUUGUGGAAAGGAAAGGAGUACUUCCCAGGUGACAAAGUGAUUUCAUCCUGUCAUACAUGCAUUUGCCAGCAUGGAUCGUUUCAGUGCACCUUCCAUCCCUGCCCAUCCAUGUGUACUGCUUAUGGGGAUCGGCAUUACAGAACAUUUGAUGGACUUACGUAUGACUUUGUUGGAACCUGUAAGGCUUAUCUAGUUAAGAGCACUUCAGCAAGUUUCUCAGUAGUUAUACAGAAUAUUAACUGCUUUAAUACUGGAAUCAUUUGCAGAAAAGACAUUUUCAUUAAUGUUGGAAAAUCUUCUCUAAUAUUUGAUGAUGAAACUGGGAAUCCAGUAAGUGUCAGUCUUGAACAUGGCAAAAAGAGCUCAACUAGUUACAUGGACAAACUACAAAAAAUACAGUUAUGGAAAGCUGGGUUUUUCACUGUUGUUCAUUUUCCUGAUGAACACAUCACUAUUCUUUGGGAUCAGAGAACAACAGUUCAUGUGCAGAUGGGUCAUCAGUGGCAGGGUGAAUUGUCUGGGUUGUGUGGAAAUUUCGAUUUGAAAACAAUAAAUGAAUUGAGGACUCCAGAUAAUUUUGAACUAACAAACUCACAAGAAUUUGGAAACAGCUGGACAGCUGUAGAGUGUAUUGACAGGUCUGACAUUCAGAAUCCAUGCAUUUUGAAUCCACUGAGAGAGCCAUUUGCAAAGAAGGAAUGCGGAAUACUCUUUAGUGAAGCAUUUGAAGCUUGCCAUCCAGUGAUUGAUGUCACUUGGUUUUACUCGAACUGCUUGGCAGAUACAUGUGGCUGUAACCAAGGAGGAGACUGUGAAUGUUUCUGUACAAGUGUAUCAGCAUAUGCUCAUCAGUGCUGCCAGCACGGAGUUUCUGUAGACUGGAGGACUCCUAGAGUGUGUCCUUAUGAUUGUGAAUAUUUCAACAAAGCUCUGGGAAAGGGCCCAUACAAACUUCUCAGCUACGUCAAUGGAGAAUUUGUAAUGGCAGCAAAACUGGUGAAUGGUUUUGUUUUCGCAGUGAGAGAAGAUGAUAUUGUUCCCGGACAUGUAGUGAGCUUUAUGCUUACUUCAGGACUUUAUAAACCCAAAGCACAUGAUUCCAACUUGGUUUCAUUUGAAGCAGCUGAGAGACCUAAUUAUUUUCUUCAGUUGUCCUCAAGUAAUACCCUUGUUCUUUCUAAAUGGGAAAAAAGUGAAGAAUUUCACAACAAAUCAACAUUUGUUAUCCACAAGAAUACAUGGCUUUCAGGAUAUAGUUCCUUUGAGUCAUUUGCAAAACCAGGAUACUUCAUCCACAUUUCAAUGUCUUCAGUUAAGCUUCUGAAGUACCAUCAUUCAGAGGAGUUCAGACUGUCAGUACUUCUGAAACUUGUGGAUGUAAAAUUUCUAUCACGUUCUGCAUGUGAAUGGCAUUAUGAUGCCUGUGCAAGCCCAUGUUUCAAAACCUGCAGGGAUCCUUUGGGAAAAAACUGUCAGACAGUACCAAAAGUGGAAGGCUGCAUCCCUGCAUGUCCUCUCAAUAUGUUGUUGGAUGAAGUCACUCAAAGAUGCGUGUAUUUUGAAGACUGCAUUGAACCUGCAGAUGGUACUUCACCUUUGCCUGCCAGCAUUCAAACACCAGCAGUUUCCCACUUAACAUUUAGUACAACUUUGGCAGCCAUCAGUGAAGUAACUUCAUUUCCCUUACGUGCAACAACGGACAUGAAAACAACACUUGCUUCAAAGUUGAAACUCCCUGCAACUACAGAGAAAACUAAAUUUUCAGCUGUAACAUCUAAUACAACACUUCUAGCCAUAACUUUGUCAUAUCUUUCUUCACAGCCAAGAGAAAUGACAUCAGCUGAGAGGAGAACUACAACACUGCCUGAGAUAGCAAAAUCUAAUGUAAGCUUGUCUUCUCUUGCUGAUGUUUCUCUGUUGUUUCCAUCUCCUGUCACUUCAGAAACCUCCACAAAAAUACAAAUGAUCAGUAGUGGUUCCACUAAGCUUCUGAGGGCUACAGAGCCUCUGAUAGUAACUGCUUCACAUACAGCGUCUAGAAGCCCAGAAUUAGAAGGCCAACCAGUUUCUACUUUUAUUUUUACUGGGACACCCAUUACAUUUAAAACAACGGAACUGCCAGUCAAAACUAAAAUGAUGGAAAUAUCAGAAAUAGCCACAAUAGCACUUCCUACAAAGGAAGCACAAGUAAAACCAGAAGGACUUGCAACGUUUACACCCUCUUCAUUUGAAUCAAGAACAGAAAAAACUACUGUGUAUCAGCCCAAGGAUUUCACCUUAUCACCUUUGGGUGUACGUUCAUAUACAUCAUCAACAAACGUAACAUCAACUUCAGAAAUGACAAAAACAAGCAUAGGCCAGUCUUCUACCACAGUACCUAAUGUUACGGUAACAUCAUCAUCUCCUGUGAUCACUACUUUGUUUUUGCUAAAACCAGUAUCUUCAGAAAUGACAAAAACAGCAGUUGUUUUAACUGAACAAAGCACUAAGACUGUACUUUCACCAGCAUCCACACUGCCUUCAUCACUAGGUAAGGCAAUUACAGAACUUCCUCUUGAAAAGGUUCACCAUCUGACAGAUGCUGUGGGGGUACCUUUCUCUACAACUCUAGGUCCAAAGAUGACAACUCUGCAAACAACUUUGUUACCUUUUACAACUGAAGAAAAAGAAACUCCUGAAGUAACACCUCACGUGCAGCAUACAUCUAGCUCCCAUUUCCUUCCAUAUUCACUGCAUCCUAGUUCUACAGUUGGAAAACCCAUCAGUCUUUCUACAGGAAGGCCUUCAGAGUCAGUUCCUACUCCUGCUACUCCAGCUUUGACUGAAUUAAAAAAAACAUUUAAAACUGUGUCAACUACAGCACAUCCAUCAUACACAGUUCUAAAUUCAACAGAGUUCUUGACUACAUUGUACACUAAAUACCCUGUUUUGCCUCAGACUACCACAAUGCCACCUUUGUUUGUUAAGGUAACUUCUGAAAUAACAUCACCUUUUGAAUCAGAAACAAAAUCAACUGGAAAAGCAUUUACCGAUUACGAGUCACCUCUGGUUUUAAGUACAGGGAAGAGAAGCACUUCAGUGUAUUCAGGUAGCAUUGCCACAUCAGCAAUGAAAACCUUUAUCUCAUCAAAAGAAACUGCUACACUUCCUUCCAUAUCUACAAAAAGAGAGUCAGCUCAAACAAUGUCCUUCACUGGAUCUCCACAUAUUCUCCUUAGUGCAUCUGAAACCACAUUGUUACCAGCACAGCCUGAUGAAUCAAAAGAGGAAAGAACUACUAGCAUCUCCACGACAAAGACAUCUGUUUUUCCUUCUUCACCAUCAAGCUCUCUAAUCUCUUUAAAUAUUUCUCUUCCUUCACUGUCCAUAUACGGAAAAGAAGCAUCAGUGACACCUCUGAGUCCUGUGCAUACAUCCCAUGCUGUACUUCCAGUAACGAAGUCUUUUCACACUUUCUCUACCUCUCAGCAUCUGGAAGACCAAUCAGUUUCUUCAACUUCUUUAACACAAUCGAUACUGAAAGUAACAACCACACCAAAAUAUCCAGUAGUAGAAACUAAAGUAGUUCCUACAGCAUCACAGUCUACAGUUGAAAGUAUAACAAUUAUGGUAAAACCUGCCACUGCUGCAGCUCAGACAUCUCUUAUUCCAUCUACAGGAGAUAAAGUUCCAGUACAGACCACAAAGGCUAUGACUGUAUCACAUCUUCCUCCUACAAUGGUAAUGGAACUUGCUCAUCAGACAUCUAAGCCUUCCUUGACAAGCAAAAGCAGUAUCUCAACUUACCAGCAUCCUGAAGAAACUUUAACAAAAUCCACUGAUCAGCCACGAAUUCUAUUAAGCACAACUGAAGCUACAGUAGAAUCAACUCUCUCAUCCUCUUUAACUACUUCACUACCUAAAGGUAUUCAUUCAAAUGUAUUAUCUAUCUCAUUGGACCCUACACGAGUUAUUUUACCAACUGAAAAAGAGUUAAUUUUAAGUGAUUCAGUUACGCAGCCAUAUGUACCAAGAACUACUGUUUUCCAGUCUACAUUCCCAGCUAGAAAAACAGCUGACGUUAUAUUUGGAACCAGUAUUCUCCCUUCCUCACCAGAAUUACUUGCAACUUCCUCUUCUUCAGUGACCAUCGAAAAAGAUGCCUUUCCUUUUAUUUCCACAGAUACUGGUCUAAAAUCCACAUGGCAGGCCCCAGUUACUGAAUCACUUGUUUCAAGUCAAACUCCUAAAACAACUACAACUUCAUCUGUUUUAUUACCUGAAACAACAGAAAUUCCCAUAGUGAUGGAAAGUGAGCCAUCCAUAGGUGCCUUUUUAACACGUGUAAUUUCAACAGCAUCCACGUCAGUGGUUAAAACUACUACAGAGAAAACUGUUGUGUUGCCAAAGCAAGACAUACUUUCAACCACUGCCUACAGUUCCACUUUUCUAGCAACUACAGUGCUUCCAGCUACUGCCCAUUCAUCACACGUAUCUUCAGGCUCAACAAUAAGAGGUACGGGGCAAAGCAUUACUGUUCCAUCAGCAACAUCUGACAAAACAGAAACUCUAACAAAAUCCACCACAACCUUGGUGAAACCCACCUAUUUUUCUGUUUCUUCAAAAUCAAAAGAACUUAUGUUCCCUGAUACGGAAAAAUCAGAAGAGCUGGAUGUCCAACCUGUCCACGCUCAAGGUGUUGCCAUUACCUCAGAAAUACCUCAGAAAUUUUAUUCUCCAUAUUUCACAACCACAACUGCAGCUCCUUCUAAUGUAAGCAUACUGAUACCAUUCACCAUACAUUCAUCCUCUGAAACAAAACCUUUUUCUUCUGUAGCUGCUGCAUCAUUGGCCACUCAAACUUCCAAGCAUGGAAUAACAUCUGAAGUACAAACACCUUCAGAGAGUUUGCUCUUAACAGUACCUGACUACUUAAAUGAUACAACAGCUCCAUCAGUUUCCUCCUUUGCCUAUUUAUCUACCAAACCACUUUAUGGGUUGCCUACAACAAUUGCUGAUGGAUUGGCAACAGCUGAAGCCAUGCCAGGAGUCACACAGCCAGCUUCAGUUUUCCCUACAGAAACAGCAGCUCUCCAAACCUGUACACCACUCACAGAGAAUGAGUGCAUAAAAUACAUUUGCUUGGAUGGACAACUGAUUCAAGUUAAUAAGUCACAAAACUGCCCAUACAAUGCAACUCAACCUAGCUGUGGAAUUUUAGGAUAUGCUGCUCGAGUAAAUGGGGACAAAUGCUGCCCAAAGUGGGAAUGUGCAUGUCGUUGCACAAUUUUUUCUGAUCUGAGUGUUGUAACAUAUGAUGGAAAUCGUUUGGCUUUAUUCAAAGAAGCAUCAUACAUUGUUAGUCAAACUCAAGAUGAAACUAUAACCAUCCAUGUCCUUGACUGUAGAAUGAAUAAUUCAAAUUCCACUUCCUUGUGCCUGGCAAUGUUGAAUUUAACCUAUGUAUCAAACCAAAUUAUUAUCAAUCGUUUAAGUAGAAAAAUAACAGUAAAUUCAAGAUUUGCUUGGCCUACUGUUAGAAAAUAUGGAUACAAAGUAGAGGAUUCAGGCUUCAUGUAUGCAGUUGAGACCCCAACAAAAAUCAAAAUUCAGUGGUUUCACUACACAGGUGUGAUGAUUAUAGAGUUUAAUACUACCAGAGAACCAAAAGCUUUGGGACUAUGUGGUUUUUGUGAUAGAAGCUUGGAAAAUGACCUGAUGCUACCCAACAGGACAGUGUUAAGCAAAAGUGAUGCUUCAUCAACAUUUAUAGACAGCUGGCAAGUGCCAGACACAUUAAAGUAUGUUGGAGAAGACAGGCAUCAGGAAGCUAAUUGUUCAGUCAUGGACUGCUCAGAGUGCUUAAGACUGGUGUUGAACCAGACCUUCAGCAGCUGUCAUCCUUAUGUUCCACCUGAGAUAUUCUGUGACAUCUGGGUUCAAGAUACUGAGUACAUUCAAAACCCAUGUGUCUCACUAGCUGCCUAUGUGGCAAUGUGCAACAAAUUUAAUAUCUGUAUAGAAUGGAGAAGCAACGAUUACUGCCCCUUUGCCUGCUCUGAAAACUUCUCCUAUCAGGCAUGUAUAGCUGCCUGUGAGGUUGCAGAGAGUUGUCAGAACAACGAGGUUGCUGCUUUGGACUCAGACACCUGCUUGGUGUUGACAGAAGGCUGUGUCUGUGCUGGAGGGACCAUCCUUCACCGAGCUCACACUGCUGUCUGUAUUCCUGAAGAAAAAUGUGCUUGUACAGACAGCUCAGGAGCACCUCAUGCAAUAGGUGACAUCUGGAAAACAUCUUUGAGUGGAUGCUGCGUGGAAAAAUGUGUUGACACUGAGACUAUUAUUCCAGUGGAGUACGACUGUUCCGAUAGCCACAAUUUUGACUGUCAGAGAUUUGCCGAAGUGGUCUUGCUUGUUCCUGGUGAUCAGACAUGUUGUCCUCAGAAGAUCUGUAUUUGUAAUCAGAGCCUAUGUGAACCCCUAAUCCCAGAGUGUAAUGGCUUGGAAAAACUGGUCACUUACUACAAUGAAGAAUCCUGUUGUCCCAACUAUGUUUGCGAAUGUGAUCCAGCAAAAUGUGAACCAAUGGAGCACAUGCCAAGCUGUCAAGAGGAUCAAACACUUAUUGCUGCUCGGGUGGAGAGUACAUGCUGCAUAUCCUAUAUAUGUGCAUGUGGGGCUUGCUCUGAUAAAAUACCCAAAUGUCAAGAAGGAGAAGUUCUUAUUGUGGAUGACAACACUACAGAAAGAUGUUGCCCUACCUACCAGUGUAUUUGUGAAAUACAUCGUUGUCCUGAAUUCAAAUGCAUGCUAGGCAUGUCUUUGGUGGAGGUAUGGAGCCCAGAGAAGUGCUGCCCCUUUCGGACAUGUGAAUGCUCAUGUGAAACGAUCCCCAAACCUCAAUGCAAACUGGGACAGAAACUUCAGAUAGAUGAACAAUUUCAGAACAGUUCAGAAAAUAUAUGUAACUGUGUUAAAUACAAAUGUGUGAGAGACAAAGUUUGCCUGAGUAAUGAGAGAGGUGUGCUGCUGCCUGGACAGACAAUUGUGGAACACAGUCUAGAUGGCAUUUGCCAUAUUUCUUACUGUACAAAUGUGAUUGAUCCUUCCACUAAGUACUACAGAAUAAACACUUCUUCAGUAGCCUGUGCUGUCAAGUGCAAAGCUAACCAAGUCUAUCAACCUCCAAAGGAUUUAACAACUUGCUGUGGUAGCUGUAAGAACAUAUCAUGUCUCCACACUUUCAGCAAUGGCACAGUUUCCAAUUUUAAGCCUGGUAGUACUUGGAUUUCGAACUGCAUGAGGUAUGAAUGCAUAAACACAGCAAUCGGAUCAGUUCUGGUUGCAUCUUCAGUUGGCUGCCCACCCUUUAAUGAAACCGAAUGUGUAAAGGUUGGAGGCUAUGUUGUACCAUUCCUGGAAGGAUGUUGCAAAACAUGUAAGGAAGAUGGAAAAUUCUGUAAAAAGGUGACUGUUAGGAUGACUAUCCGCAAGAAUGACUGCAGGAGUAACACACCAGUGAACAUUGUUUCAUGUGAUGGAAAGUGCCCGUCUGCAAGUAUAUAUAACUACAACAUCAACACAUACGCAAGAUUCUGCAAAUGCUGCAGGGAGCUUGGACUGCAGAGACGAACUGUGCAAUUGUAUUGCACUAGUAAUUCAACCUGGGUCAGCUAUUCAAUCCAAGAGCCUACAGACUGUUCUUGCCAAUGGUCUUAAGAAUAAAUAAAUACAAGGAAAGUAAACAGUCCAGCUGCUGCUAGCAUAAGAUAAUUUGAAUGUCUGUAAAAAAAAAUUUACCAGCUUAAUGUUAAAAGAUAAAGGAACAAAAAUAUUUUUGGACUUUCCUCUAUUUCUAAAGAAUGGGUUUGCAUCAUUUUUGUUGGGAUUUGUCUUCACUUCACAGGCAUUAUUUUAAGAGUUCUUGUGAUAUGUGCCAAUUUACAAGGUGAUUUAUAUUUGAAACACCUCAAGGGAAAGAACACCACCUAUUUUGUUCUCUGAGGCUGACCCAGUGCUCCGAGGCACCCAUUCCUGUUUUAAAUCAUUGAUACAUGGGUAUAUCUAGCAGCAGUCUACUAUUUUGAAUGCAUUGCAAUGCUGCAAAUACAUUCAGUGUCUUCUAAGAAAAAAUGAUUGGACAAUAUGAGAAGAAUUUUUCAGUUCAAAUCAUCUUCCUAAUGCAAAAUAGAGUAUGAAUGGGAAAUGAAGUUACAGAUAUUAUUUUUUAAUCAGGGAAAAAUUCUUGCUAUUAAUAACAAUAUGCAAUAUUCCCUGGUAAUAAUUUCAAUAUUUUGUAGUGUAUUUUAUAUUGUAGUAAAAAGUAGUAUGGCCAACAUGUAAUGUAUAGCACAGACAGACAGUUUUAAGUUAGUCAUCAGUAGUAACGUUUUCUUUUUUCUAAACAGUAUGAUGCAAACUGAAAAUACAGAGAUUGAACAAAUAAAAACCAUUUUACAUUUAUUAACAUAGCUAAUACUUUAAAUGAAAAUGGGCAUCUUACGAAAUAUUUACAAUAUUUCUUUAGCAGAAUGAACUGUGUUUUACACCAAUAUUAAAGACGUGAAAAUUCAUUAGGGAAUUAAAAAGCAGGACUAUUAGUUUGUCUAAAAGAAAAAUGUAAGUAGAAAUACUUUGUCAUCAAUAUAUGACAAGUGUUUGAUAUUGAAAAUGUACAAUUAUAAGACUUGGAAUUUCAAAAGCAAUUCUGUUGAUCAAUUUGAACAAUUAACAUUUUGUUGUAACAAACUACUCUUUUUUUUUUUUCCCCCUCUAAGCUAAUGUUAUUGACCUGUUCAUUCCUGAUGCUGCAAAAAUUUAGUUGCUUUAGUUUUGUAGAUCAAACUGUAGAUAGCACAGUGAUAUGCUUAAAAUUGGAAAAUGUAAAAACGGAUCUCAGCAGAACUUGUUAGAAAGCUGCUUGUGUAGUUAAUCCAAAGAAAAAUGUGUUGUCAAAACCAGUUGUGAACAGUUUUGAUAUGAAUUUUUAUACUGUACAUUUCAUUCUUACAAUAUCUAAUAAACAACAAGGAGUCUUAUUUUGUUACAAUUAAUUUUCUGUCAU